GUAGUUUUCCCUCGUUGAGGUUGAUGUUUUGGUCAGGUUUUUUGUUCAAUAAAAUUCUAUUUAAUUCUAGCGGCUUUGUAAAGUGUGUGAUGAGAAAUUACUAAAUAGAAUACAAAUGUUCAAACGCUGACGUAGUAUAUUUUUUUUGUUCAUUAUUUUAAUUUUUAAUAAAAAGCCGGUUUUUUUUUGUGUAUUUAGUAAAAAACUUUAAGAAAAUAAAUUGUAAAUGAAACUCGCAUGUUUAAUAUAUAAAAACGUAAUUUGUGUUUGCAUUAAAAGUUCAAAAUAUUUUUGCUGAGUAAUAGUCAUUAAAUUGUAAAUCUAAAGAUAUAUUAACGAAAUUUAAAUAAUUUUAAUAAAAAAAAAAACAUGACGAAGACAGAUGUACGCAAACGUAAGUUAAGCACUAGUGAUGAUAAAUCGAAUGUUACUACAAAUACUAGACGCAAACCAUCCACUUCCGGUGGCGGCGGAUUGCCCAAGGGACUGAAAAUAUCAUUUUUAUGCUUGAUUAUAUCGGUAGUUUUGUUAUUAGUCGGUUUUGGUUUAUAUAUUGACACUACUAGUCCAUUUUUAGUGCAACUAGCGUCCAAAUUGGGUUAUAAUAAAAAUCAAUAUGCUGUGAUUAUAGAUGCUGGCUCAACGGGAAGUCGUGUUUUGGCUUAUAAAUUUGAUCGUAGUUUUAUAGACAAUAAAUUGGUGCUGUCCGAUGAACUUUUCAAAGAACGCAAACCUGGUCUCUCCUCCUUUGCUGAUGCCCCCGAAAAGGGUGCUCAUUCCAUAAAACUAUUGCUAGACGAAGCCCGCGCCUUUAUACCCAAAGACAAAUGGUCUUCCACUCCAUUGGUGUUGAAAGCAACAGCUGGUUUGCGUUUGCUGCCACACAGCAAAGCUGAGAAUAUUUUAAAUGCCGUAAGAAAUCUCUUUACAAAGUCCGAAUUUAGUGUAGAAAUGGAUGCAGUGGAAAUUAUGGAUGGCACUGAUGAGGGUAUUUUCUCCUGGUUCACAGUAAAUUUCCUUUUAGGACGUCUAUCGAAAACCAAUCAGGCAGCAGCCUUAGAUUUGGGUGGUGGCAGUACACAGGUGACCUUUUCACCUACCGAUCCCGAACAGGUGCCGGUAUAUGACAAAUAUAUGCAUGAGGUCAAUACUUUAAAUAAGAAAAUCAAUGUAUUUACCCACUCCUAUUUGGGAUUGGGUUUAAUGGCGGCUAGACAUGCUGUUUUCACCAAAGGUUAUAGCAACGAAGAAACCAAUUUAGAAUCGGUUUGUGUUAAUCCCAUUAUAGCGAACAGAACCUGGACUUAUAGUAAUGUGGCUUAUAAAAUUUCGGGCAAGGAUCAUGCCAAGUCUACACAAGAAAAUCCCAUAGUAGAUUUUGAUAGCUGUUUGGAUUUGAUUAAGAGUAAAGUAAUGCCUUUGGUUAAACCAAAACCAUUCACCUUGAAACAGCAUACCAUAGCAGCAUUUAGUUAUUAUUUUGAAAGAGCCACAGAAUCGGGUCUUAUCGAUCCAUUUGCAGGAGGCGAAAUCACAGUGGAAGCUUUUCGUAAAAAAGCUCAAGAGGUGUGUGCUAUACCCAAUGAUGAACAACCUUUUAUGUGCUUUGAUCUCACCUAUAUAUCGGUGCUUUUACAUGAAGGUUUCGGUUUGGGCGAGGGCAAAAAGAUUAAGUUGUACAAAAAAAUCGAUGGCCAUGAAAUCUCUUGGGCUUUAGGCUGUGCCUAUAAUGUUUUAACUAGUGAUGAUAAAUAUAAUUCUUAAUUUAGUUUAGAAUUUGUUACUAUUUUUUUU